AUGAAGUUGUCGCCCGGUCAUCACACUCUGCCGCGGAAGAAGACGUUGCCGCUGGACGUCGCGAGCAGGACGACGACGAGCAAUGUCUCGUCCUUGGGCGCCAACGUUCAGCAGCAGCAGUUUCAACGGGGCCAGCCGUUAAGAAGAAGCUGCCUGUCGCCGACGCAGCAUCAUCAUCAACAGCAGCAGCAUCAACAGCAGCCGCUGCAUCAUCAUCAGCAACAUUGUCAGGAGAGCUCGUUGCAUUUCGAGUAUUUUGUGCCUCGCAGCGUCAGUGAAUUUAAUCUCGCGGCCGCUGUGACGGACAUGGCUGUGCCACCCCCGCCGCCCGCAUCGGUGCUCAGGCCAUCCUCGGCGAUGACGCCGCCGGUCACCGCCGGGAUGACCGUCGUCGCUAGCCAGACUAGGCUGUUAGAUAGCGGCGGUAACAGCGGUGGCUGCAACACUGCCACGAGGAGCCGCGAGAAAAUGGUCACGUUCGAGGACGAGGGGCUCAGCGUUACCUCGACACCCACCAGGAAGAACCUACCUGCCCUGGAUAAUGUCUUCAUGUGACCUGUGCCGCGAUUUGCACGGACGAUUAAGCGGAUGCUGCUGAAGGCGAGAACUUUAUCUCGGAAUUUCAUGUCUCAGAUCUGAAGGGUUGAAUUCAAAAGUGUGAUUUUUUUUUUAGAGACAACUAAACAUGGUCGAUAUUAAAAACCGAGGAGAGCUGUUAGAGCUCUUAUCAUUCAGGAGAUAAUGGAGAUGUUCAAGACGACUUUUAAAAUACAGAUAUUCUCCAAACGCACGAAUAAAGAAGAGAUCAGUUGACAUCAAGAAACUGAAAAUGCAAUACUAUCUGAUUAUAUCGCGGAUCACGCAAUCAAAUUGGGUGGGGUUAAUUAAAGAGUCACGAAUGAGUAUCAAACGGAAAAGAAAUUGUUAACGAUUACGCGAUUUUUGAUUAAAACAUCAAAGGAGGGAUAGAAAUACAAAACAUCAAUCAUACUUUUACGAGAACUGCAUUUUUGUAUAGUACGCAUGGAAAAUAACGUAGGAAUAUUUGAAAUAAUGGCAAAGGGUGUGUAGAGAUUGUUUACAAAGCAAACUCCAAACAGGAUGUGAUAAUCGGGAAAAAUAUUUUGUGCACAAACAAAAUUUUCAGAAUUGUCAGAAGCUGCCACUUGAUACGCAAAAAUUUUUUGGCACUAAAGACCAAUUUUUUAUCACCGGAGAAUAGCGUCUAAAUGACAAUGACAGUCUAGAUAAUGCAAACUAGAAGACGUCUCAAAAAAUUCUUCAAAUAUUCUUUAGAUAUUUUUUAAACAUUUUUUUAUCUGUAAGACAUUCAUAUUGUCUUGCAAUUGUUUUUACGUCUAACAAACUUUUCACGAAGCGCUGACAUAAUCUUGAUUAAAAGUUUCCCAUUGCCCAUUCGCGACGUCACGCACAGAAACUGCACAAAAGCGACAAAUAAGAAACAAAUGACAAAAAAUAAACACUAAAAAAAAAAGACAGAUAAAAAAAUAGGAACAUUAUGCAAUCGACACUGAAGAAUUUUCCGCGUUAGCGGAAAUUCUUUCCCUCUCCCUUCCCGGCCGAAUGUCGACUGUAUAUUUCUUAUUAUCGUGAUUAAGCCGUAAUUAUCAUUAUUAUACCACUUGCGCACAGCGUAGGGGAUAUCUGUCGAGUAUCCGAAUUUUAUGUCCGAUAAGUCCGACUGUGUAUUCCGAAUGUUAUUUGAAUAGUUUGUAUAUAUAUAUUCGAAAAGUAUAUAUUGAACAUUUUAACUUAUACGACUACCAUAUUAUAUAUCAAAUAAAUAAACAAAGUUAUAUAUA